AUGAAACACAAUCCGGCGCCAACCUAUAUGGCUUCUUUGGCACGUAACCAUACAGAAUAUAGAAUGCCGACUAUGAGAAAUCUCAUGACAUUAAUCCCGGAUUGGAAAAGUAUAAUAGCUUGGAAUACAUAUUCUUCCAACUGGAACAGAGCCAACAACGUUUCAAAAUUCAUGGUAUCUCGGCUGUCGGCUUGCAACUUCUGGCCGGAAGUUGAGGCGGAUCGGCUUUUGGACAGAUCUUGGUCAGCUUUUGGUCAGAAGCUGCUCACCGCAGCAGUGGGACGGACAAUGAUCGGAUUUUGGCCGGAAUUUGAAGGUGCUGCGUGUUAUGCGGCGCGUGCUUCACUCAUUAUAAAUAAAAUACAAGUCAACAUUUUUAAUGUCAAGUGCUUGGGAGAUAUCGCAACUAGAAGGAAUCAAAGAAAUAGCUGGAUGCUAGAAAAUUCGAAGAAAGACAAGAAAGUUAAUCAGGCAGAGUUUCUUCUCCCGUAUUCGUCACGAUUCACAGCGACAUCUUCAAAAUUUAAAAAUAUAAAUCAUGAUUUUCUUAUUUUUCUGUAUUUUUUUCCCUAA